AUGUCGAACCAAACCCCCAGAAUAGAUCCCAGCCAAGUGAGCAACACAGAACAUGCGGUGUUCCGUAUUAUAGGGAAGGUGAUUGACCAGCCCCAACCCACAGCACUAGUAGUACAGUCACCAACGACCAACGGCGAAAUGCUGACGCUUUCACAGGUGAAACUUUCUCAGGGCUCGAAUAUCGAAGUCGGGUCGUGGUAUGAGUUUGUUUGCCGGAGCGUGGAUACGGGUGAUGUGGGGCUCAUGGUGCUUGAUUCUGUAAAGUGCGAAUUGAAAGAGGGAGAAGACAUUAGUGUUUCCGGAGUGGUGGCGUUGCAGCAGCUCAGUGCCAAGUUCCCUGAUCUGUACUAG